AUGGUCGGCUUCCUACACGAUCCCGUGAGCGCCGUCUCUCGGCCAGUCAACAACACCGAGAGCUGGGCCGCCUACGACUUCGAGACGCACGCCCGCAAGUGUGCCUUUUGCCAGAACCCCUACGAAGUCCACCGCAACCACGAGCAGCUCUGCGACCAGGGCCACCGCCUCGCCCAGGAAGUCGCCCGCUACAUCUACCAGGGCGCCGACGGCGAGACGUACAGCAGAGAAGAAGAGGAGAACAACAAGCUCGUCCGUGUCGAGAUCCCGGCCGGCUACGACCAAGUCAAGGGUCUCCUCAAGGCCAUUGAGCGUAGCCUGCGCCACCGGUCGCGAACUCCCUUUGUCUCCAUGGACCGCACUUAUUUCGUGGCGGCCCGCGUGCCCCAGCGGUCACGCUCCGUCAAGAUCGAGCAACCCACCAAGACCAAGCGUCGACCUCGCUCCGGCGAAAUCGUCGACUGGCCCGAUGUCCUGCCGGCGCACACCACCAAGGCCACGGCGCUCCCCGUCGCCGAGAUCCACACCUCUCUCGACCGCAAGCGUGGCUCCCUCUACGAGCAGGACCUCGAGACGCAGCGCCGCAAUGCGAAGAAGUACAAUAUUGAGGUGCGGGAGCCGUCGGCACGCGAUCUCCGUGAGCACCGUCUGUCUGGAUACUACCGGUGA